AUGAAAAUCAUUAUUGCAUUAUUCGCUUUCAUUGCGAUCUCUUACGCAGCUCCUCAAGGAGUUGUUCAUGGAGCUAAUCAAGAAACAGUCGUCGUCAAACAAGACCUCUCCGACAACAUUGGUGUCGGCGGAUACAAUUACGGCUAUCAACUGUCUGAUGGACAAGCCAAGCAAGAGUCUGCCGAGGUAGUCGAAGGAGGAAGUGACGGUCAAUUCUUAAAAGUUCGUGGAACUUUCUCCUACGUCGAUCCGGAAACCAACGUUGCGUACACCGUCAAUUACGUCGCCGACGAAACUGGCUUCCACGCACAAGGAGACCACCUCCCCAAAGCUUAG